GAAAGAAGUUAACCAAACCAAACCAAACCAAACCAAACCAAACGAGACCCAACCACCAAAGCAAGCACCAGACCAAUUGACCAAACCAUUUGGCAAUCUCGCAGGCGACGCAGCCGCCUCCUCCACCACCAGGAACCAGACAGCGCACGCCUCCGUAGCUCGAGCCCAGCCCGGAGCCCUGUUCCGCCGUGGAUCGCUGGGGGAGAGGGCCACCGGCCGGAUCCCGACGGGCCAGAUGGUGGGCGACCCCCGCGGCGGGGGCGAGUAGAACGGCUGCGAGCGGCGGCGGACGGAUCGGCGGCGCCGCAAGGCGGCGGGGGCCACCAUGUCUGCCGUAGUGUGCGGCAAGAGGUCCUCCAUCUUCGCCGACGAGCUCAUCCCUUCUUCUCCGCCUUCCCCUCCCCACCACCACCCUUCCAAGCGGGCCCGCUGCUCCCCGUCCCGCGCCUUCGACGACGCCGCCGCGGCCCACCGGCGGGAGGCGCUGCUCCACCACCUGCGCUCCCUCUUCCCUCACAUGGAUCCCCAGUUGCUUGAAAAAGCUCUUGAAGCAUCUGGAGAUGAUUUGGAUUUUGCAAUAAGGAGUUUGAAUGACCUGCGCCUGGAGUCAGCUGAGGCUAUCUUGUCAGCUGCUGUUAGUGAACCUGAGAAUGGCCUGUCAACAGCCCUUAAGUUAUCGGCUGAAGGUAAUGGCCAAUUGGAUGCUAUUAGUGGAAAUCCACAUGCGACAGAUAAUUGUCAGACAAAUCACCAUAGCUCUGAAUGGGUUGAGCUAUUUGUUAGAGAGAUGAUGAGCGCCUCUGACAUAAAUGAUGCACGGGCUCGUGCAUCAAGAGCUUUGGAGGUUAUUGAGAAGUCCAUCAUGGAGCGGACAGGAGCCGAGGCAGUGCAAAACUUGCACAAGGAAAAUGCGAUGCUAAAGGAGCAAUUAGCAAUAGCUCUGCGAGAGAACGCUGUUCUCAAGCGGGGGGUUGCAAUCCAACAUGAGCGCCAAAAAGAGUUUGAUGAUAAGACACAGGAGGUUCACAACCUGAAGCAAUUGAUUUUGCAGUAUCAAGAACAACUAAAGACUCUUGAGAUCAAUAAUUAUGCACUUAGGAUGCAUCUACAGCAGGCUCAACAGAAUAGUUCUAUGCCCGGGCGUUUCCACCCUGAUGUUUGCUGAUAAGCUUUCCAUCCCGAUGCCUGCUAAUACACACAUUGAGGAGGAUAUCCCUCUCAUACUAGAAUUGUGCCCAGGUAUCUUAUUGUGAGAGGGAUUCAACUAUUGGCCCUGUUAUUCAUACACUUUCCGAAGUCCCGAGCUCAUGUGGUAUUCGCACACUUUUCGAAGUCCCAAGCUCAUAUGUUUGCGUAUACAUCACAUUAUCAUAAACACCUGCCAUCUGAGAAAAGUAAACAGCGAAGCAUCGAUAUUGGAAUAAAGGAUCCUGUGCUCCAAGAAAGUUCAGAAGAAAUAAUAUGUUGAGGUGGAUGGUGCUGCGGUGCCAAUUGGUUAAUGUAUGUACACUCUGUAACAGUAUUUUUGUGUGUGACCUGAAGUGUGAGGACAGUGUAUUUUUUGCUAUCAGACAUAAGAUACAAGGAUCGAUGAAAAAUGGUGUUGAUGUUUA